GUCCUCUGCCGCCCGCUUUCGUCUCCGCCGGGUGAAAACCUGGCCUCUCCAGGGACUCCACUGAGUGUUCCCUGCUGGCUUAAGGCCGGGAGGCCCCAUCCUGCAGGCAGAGCCGAUCCUGGGACCGACGGAGGGUCAGCCACCACAGCUUUGGCCAGCUGGGACCAGCAGUAUCAGCUCCACCCCAUUUGACACCAGAGGAAACUGGUCCAGAUUGCCCCUGCUAGACUCAGAGAAGAGGUCUCCCAGCUCCUUUUUCUGUGCGCAGCUCACAUCACUCCAAAAACCUUUUCUAAGAAGUGCAGCCACUGGGAGCACUGCUAGCUGGUAGAACCAUGCUGCAGAACUCCAGCCACAGGGAAGCCGUGGUCCAUGUGGAUAAGACCUGGAGGGAGCAGGACAGGGAAGGGGUAUGGGCAGUGGCAGGAGGAGCCCUUGCCCCCAGUACCUCCUCCCCAUUCUCCCCUGAGCCUCCAGGGGCCUCGGGCAGCAUCAUCCCUGUCUACUGUGCCCUCCUGGCCACCGUGGUCCUUGGUCUGAUCGCCUACGUGGUCUUCAAGUGCUGGCGCUCACAUAAACAAAGGCAGCAGCUGGCCAAAGCUCGGACCGCAGAGCUGGGGGCCCUCAGCAGGGACCACCUGCAUGGGGACAGCAGUGUCUUCCGGGACUCUCCAGCCAGCCUGGAGCCCUGUGCCCCCAGCCAAGGGCCACCUCCUGAACCUGGCUGCCGGCUUUACCUCCACCUUCCUCGGCAGCAGCAGGAGGAAGUGGAACGGCUCCUGGAGGUGUCGGGUGAACUGGAUGACGGCUGGCGGGGUCUGGCGGGCCGUCUGGGCUACCAGGCUGAGGCAGUGGAGACCAUGGCCCGGAGCCCGGGGCCCGCCUCUGCCCUGCUGAGGGACUGGGCUGUCCAGGAAGGCAGUGGCGCCACCCUCAGAGUGCUAGCAGACGCCCUCGCUGCCCUGGGUCGUGACGAUGUGGUCCGGGCCCUGGGCCCCCCGGCCGAGGGCUGCUCCGUGGUGUGAGUCGUGGCUCCGCAGCCCGGCCUCUCAGGGAACCUGCUCUGGUGCUCCCCACUACCCCCACCUCAUGCACCUUGCCCUUCUCGAGCUUCCUGGCAUUGGUGACCUCGGCUUGUUCUGUUUCGGGGGGACACACAAGUCCCCUCCCCUCCCCCUGCCUUCCUCCAGGACAGGGGUCAGGACAUGGCGGGUGGGGGGAGACAGUCAGACAGGGAGCAGCAGUCCUGCCCCCUGACCCCCACUCUACCUCCCCAUGCUUAGUCUCAACUGCUUUUUCUACUUUUGUACCCCACAUUAAAGGCAACUCUGGACUGUU